AUGGCCCAGAAAAAUAACCUUCAGUUCUCCAUCAGGGAAUAUGGACCCUCCGAUGAACACGUGGUCAUGUCGCUCUUUCGCGACGGGGUUAUUGAGCACGUGUACCCGGCUUUCUUCAAGGCCCUGAGCCACCCAGACCAUGUUGGCGUUGCUCUGAGCAUCUGCAUGGCCGGCUAUGUGUUGGGAGGCAGCUCCUACUUCCAAGCUUUACUCUUUGGCAGCGCGUGGGCCGGCCUCCUUUAUUACUGCUGCCACGAGAUCUACCAAGGCUACUUGACCAGGAGGCUGAGCACAGAUUUGUCCGACAUUCGAGCCAACUACCUGGAAAACCCAGAUAACGGUUUCUGGGUGGCAGAGGUAGACGUAGACGGCCAGCCCAAGGUGGUGGGGAUGGUGGCGGUGAAGGGGGAAAGGGCAGCAGAGGAAGAGGAGAGGUUUGAUAAGUGGAACGGAGGAGCGAUGGGAGGAGGAUCCGAGCUCGUUCAAGAUGCCGGUGAUGGGAGUUUCGGCGAGUUGUCUUACAUGGUUGUGGUGUUCCCGUGGCGCCGCAAAAACCUCGCUUCACAGCUGAUGAGGAAGGCCCUUGAUUUCUGCAAAGAGCGAGGAUACGGCCGACUGGUUCUGGAUGGCAGCUCGCCACAGACGGCCGCCAUUGCCCUGUACCAAAAGUUUGGUUUUGUUCAAACGUCAUCCCACAGUAUCACACAUGCCAAUCGCUGGAUCUCCAAACUGGCCAGAAUAAAUGUGAUGCGAAUGGAGAAGCAUAUCUAAUGGACUUAAAACCUUGGCCCCUGAUACCACAGCUAAUGUGCAUUAAGAUUAUUUCAGUUCAUUGAUGCUUCUGGUUUCAUUUAACGCAUAAAUCGCUCAGUUGUGUGA